UUGCAGGGGGUAUAGGGGCGUGGGCUUUUGGUAUCGGUGUCGGUAGGUGGGGGUACGUCGGAGGGGGUAGCGCCGCGGCGUUGGCGGGCCCAGUGUCGCUCGGGACGCGCUGCUGGCAGCACGCUCCGCCGCGCCGGCUGCUAUCGCGUCGUCUGCUGGCGCGCGUCGUCUGCUAGCUCGACGACGGCGCUGCCUCCUCCCCCCUUUCCCCCUGGCUCCCCUUGCCUCGCACCCCACUGGAUUUGCACAUUUAUUGCAACCCUUUUAUCAGAAGUGUUCUGCUUGUGUCGAGAGCUGUGUGUGCCCCCUCUCCCCUGUGACAGCAAACCCCUUUUCCCACUGGAGGCAAAAGUGUUUGCGCCCGCUGACGGCACUGACGGUGACCGCGCCCGCCAUGGUCUGCUGCUGCUGCGACUGCGCCGAGGCCGGCGGGGUGGACGAUGAGGAAGUGGCGGCGCCGGAGGCGGCCUCGUGAGGGCCAUGCUGCGGUGCAACACCUGGCCGCUGCACCACCAACACGCUGCGGCCGCCGACGGGCACCUUCCCAACGGGCACGCCAACGGCCUCCUCAACGGCCACGCCAACGGCUUUGCUAACGGCGGGAUCCCCAACGGCCUCCGCGAUGGCGGCCGCGUGCCUUCCUCCAGCGAGGACUCGGGCACGGAGGAGGUCAUCCUGGCGCCGCUGGACGCGGCCCUCAUCCGGCGGCAGGUGUCGCAGAUCCAGCGCCUGCAUGAGCAGAACGGCGACCUGUACCGCCAGCACCGACGAUACCGGCGCCGCGGCCGCCAGCCCCGCCGCAAGCACCUGCCCGCCGACGCGGCCGCGGCCCCCAGGACCAUUCGAACGCAGAUACCGCUGCAGACCACGGCCGCGGCCGUGCUGCCCGUGCUGGUUCUGGCGGGCGACAGUGCCGUGGAGCGCGCCGCCGACCUGGUGUCCGGGGCCGCGGUGCGCCGGCCCUGCUCGCCCGUGCUCGCCCUGGACUCGCGCAAGAAGACGACCCUCAGCCGCCACUACUACCCGGAGGGUGGCUGGGGCUGGGUCGUGGUGACCUGCUCCGUGGUCGUGCACCUGCUGGGCGCGGGGCUGCAGCUCGCCUGGCCGGUAAUGCAGCGCGCCGCCGCCGACAAGUUCGCCGUCAACCUCAGCCACACAG